AUGGACGAACAAGCAGUCAGUCUCCCUCAUCUCCGUAGACUCUUCUCAAUACCCACCGCUGCGUCUCUCACGUCAACCACAGUACCGCAGAACAAUGACGACAACGAUGCGGUUUAUUUCUGCGGCAAUUCACUCGGUUUGAUGCCACUUGCAGCACGCGCCCUCGUCACCGCUGAAUUGGACGUUUGGGCAGGUCGUGGUGUCUUGGGACAUUUUGAUCAUCCGCAUCAUCGACCAUGGAAGGAUAUUGCUGAUUUACAACAAGUCACGACAGGCACUGCCAUGCUUGUGGGUGCACCACCCUCUCAAGUCACUGUGAUGGGAGCACUCACGAGUAACUUGAAUACAUUGCUUUGUGCAUUCUACAAGCCACAGGGCAAAAGAAGGAAGAUUCUAUUUGAGCACAAGGCCUUCCCAUCAGAUAUGUACGCAUUUGCUUCACAAGCGAGACUACAUGGUUUAGAUCCAGAAGAUGCAUUAUUGCCGCUGGGACCAAAAGAGGGCGCAUACUGUCUCGAUACGGCAGAUAUACUGGAAGCCAUUCAACUUCACGGUGAUGAAAUUGCAGUGGUUCUCUUUUCGGGCGUACAGUAUUAUACGGGUCAAUUCUUUGAUAUCGAAACCAUUACACGUGCCGGUCAUGAAGUAGGCGCAGUUGUUGGUUGGGAUCUCGCACACGCGGUCGGGAAUGUUCCGUUAGAACUGCAUCGCUGGGAGGUUGAUUUCGCAUGUUGGUGUCAUUACAAGUAUGUCAAUGCUGGCCCUGGUGCGAUUGGUGGGAUCUUUGUGCAUGAGCAGGCACGGUAUCCUGGGUCAUCCUCAACAACAGAGAAUCGCAAUACGCGAGGUUUGGCGGGUUGGUGGGGACAUGAUCCACAAACACGCUUCAAUAUGGAUCCAAUAUUCGAUCCAGCACCUGGUGCUGCCGGUUUCCAACUCUCCAAUCCUUCUGUCCUGAAUGUCGUUUCGCUCUUGGCAAGUCUUGAUGUUUUCCAACAAACGAGCAUGCAAGCCAUCAGGGAUAAGUCGGUCUUAUUGACGGGAUUCAUGGAGCAUCUCUUACGAGCUGACCCGGCAUUCGAACGAGCCGGUUCAAGACCUUCCUUCAAGAUCAUCACACCACGAGAUCCAGCAGCGCGUGGUGCACAGCUUUCUGUAUUAUUCUCACCGACCGGUGUGAUGCCAUUUGUGAUGGGUUAUUUAUUGGAUCGUCACAUUGUCGCUGAUGAACGUAAACCCAAUGUCGUUCGUCUAAGUCCUGUUCCCUUGUACAAUACCUUUAGCGAGGUCCUUCAAGUGAUUCAAACGCUUUCCGCUGCAUUGGAGCAGUAUGAUGCAAGUGAGGCAGGAACAUUGGCAUUACAGCAGACGACCUGA